CCGUUAUAACUUGAAAACACACUAUUACUUUCCGAGUUUCCAUUUCAUCGCAUUUCGGUCCUAGCUGCUAUCGCCCUUUGGAUCUAUUUCUUUUUUACUUUGUUUUUCUUGUUCCCGUUAUUUUUUAAAAAAAAAAAACAGAGAGAGAGAGAGAAAACCCCGCCAAAAAUUUUGUAAUCGGGACUUCCGGCGGCGAAAUGGAAGCACACGGCGCCGGUCUCCGGCGAGUGUUAGUGUUGGCCUUUUGCGUUGCCGGAAUCUGGUCGGCUUACAUUUACCAAGGCGUUCUCCAAGAAACUCUAUCAACAAAACGAUUUGGUCCGGAUGGGAAGAGGUUUGAGCAUCUGGCAUUCCUAAAUCUGGCGCAAAAUGUUGUCUGCUUAGUUUGGUCUUAUAUGAUGAUAAAGAUUUGGUCCAGAAGCAGUGCAGGUGGCGCCCCCUGGUGGACAUACUGGAGCGCAGGCAUUACAAACACAAUUGGCCCCGCCAUGGGGAUCGAAGCAUUAAAAUAUAUUAGCUAUCCUGCCCAGGUCCUGGCAAAAUCCUCAAAAAUGAUUCCUGUUAUGUUGAUGGGCACUUUAGUUUAUGGUAUCAGAUACACCUUUCCAGAGUAUAUAUGUACUUUCCUUGUUGCUGGAGGGGUAUCUAUUUUUGCAUUAUUGAAGACUAGCUCAAAGACCAUUAGCAAGCUGGCGCAUCCAAAUGCGCCCCUUGGAUACGGCCUUUGCUUUUUGAACCUUGCAUUUGAUGGAUUUACAAAUGCAACUCAGGAUUCACUGACUGCAAGGUAUCCGAAGACAACUGCCUGGGACAUAAUGCUGGGAAUGAAUUUAUGGGGUACUAUAUAUAAUAUGCUCUACAUGUUUGGGUGGCCACAGGGCAUUGGAUUUGAGGCAGUUCGAUUCUGUAAGCAGCACCCUGAGGCAGCUUGGGACAUUUUUCUCUAUUGCCUCUGUGGUGCAGUGGGGCAGAAUUUCAUAUUUUUAACUAUAAGCCGAUUUGGCUCUCUCGCUAACACGACCAUCACUACGACCCGCAAAUUUGUAAGCAUCGUGGUGUCUUCACUGUUGAGCGGCAAUCCUUUGUCAACUAAACAAUGGGGCUGUGUAGUCAUGGUCUUUUCAGGGUUGUCAUACCAAAUCUAUCUCAAGUGGAAGAAGUUGCAGAAACUGCAAAAGAAGAGAAAGGCUGCAUGAAGAGGGUUUUCUAACAAUUUUGAACUUCAUAUUCAUAUUUUCUCAUAUUUUCUCCCCCUCUUCGCUCUCCCCCCUCUUCUCUCUCUCUCUCUCUCUCUCUCUCUCUCUCUCUCUCUCUCUUAUUAUAAUCUUUUUAUAUGGUCAUUGUAGCCAGAAGGUGCAAUGGUUUCAAAUUUAGACAACGGUACGAAUCGGUAAAUGUAAACUAAAUUCGAAAUAGAUCCUAUAUUGAAAUAGCAAGUUCGGAUGGCCUUUACAUCAUAAUAUGUUCGAUGUAUGGAUGGUUUAACAAAUAGGAGUAAAUAGAUUUCUGGGUUCUAGUUUUCCUCCAA